AUGGCCGCGCCGGACGCUGCCGCUUCGGCGGCGAGCAAGAAGGGCGUGGCGCCACCGAGGCCAAGCAGCCGCGCGCGCGACGCGGUCGUGUUCGCGACCGGCGUGGCCGCGGCCGUGCUGGUGUUCCUGGGGCCAGCGUCGAUCCUCGUGCCCGAGCGCACCGGCCUCGUCGCCUUCCCCGUCCCAGGCCCCGCGGACGGCCCGCGCACGUUCUACGACGACCCGGAUCUCUCGUACGCGCUCGGCCGGCGCGUCACCGAUUGGGACGCGAAGCGCGCGCAGUGGCUGCGGUCGCGCGGGCUCGGCGGCCGGAACGGCGGCGGUCCGGAGCGCGUGGUGAUGGUGACCGGGUCGCAGCCGGAGCCGUGCAAGGGCGCCGGCGGCGACCACCUGCUGCUGCGGUUCCUAAAGAACAAGGUGGACUACUGCCGGCUCCACGGGAUCGAGCUGCUGUACAACAACGCGCUGCUGGAGCCGUCCAUGUUGGCGUUCUGGGCCAAGAUCCCCAUCGUGCGCGCCGCCAUGCUGGCGCACCCGGAGGCGGAGUGGGUGUGGUGGGUGGACGCCGACGCCGUGCUCACCGACAUGGACUUCUCGCUCCCGCUCGCCAGGUACCGCCCCUACAACCUGGUCCUGUACGGCUGGCCCGAGGAGGUGUACGAGAAGCGGUCGUGGGUGGGGCUCAACGCCGGCGUAUUCCUCAUCCGCAACUGCCAGUGGUCGCUCGACUUCAUGGAUGAGUGGGCCAGCAUGGGCCCGGCCUCGCCGGAGUACGCCCGGUGGGGGAAGACGCUCAGGGACACGCUCAGCAAGAAGUCAGACGACCAGUCCGACGACCAGUCGGCGCUCGCGUACCUCCUCCUCACGAACCGAGAGCGAUGGGGCAACAAGACCUACCUCGGCAUCGACUACUACUUCCAGGGCUACUUCGCGGAGAUCGUCGGCAAGCUCGACGCCGUCGCGGCGCGGUACGUGGCGGCGGAGCGAAAGGGUGGCUCGGCCCUCCGGCGGAGGCACGCGGAGCGGGAGCACCUGCGGUACGCGGCGGCGCGGAACGCCGCCGUCAGGGCCGUCGUCCCGGGCCCCGACGGCGGCGGGCAGUCCGGUUGGCGCCGCCCGUUCGUCACGCACUUCACCGGGUGCAACCCUUGCGGCGGCAAGCGGAACAAGAUCUACACCAGGGAGAUCUGCGAGGACGGGAUGCGCCGCGCGCUCGGGUUCGCCGACGACCAGGUGCUCCGCGCGUACGGCUUCCGCCACGCCGCACCGCUCAACGACAGCGUGCGCCCGCUGCCGUUCGACUACCCCGCCGCGCGCGCCCGCAACCAUUGA